ACAGACCGUUGACGAGCAAGCGCAUUCCCCCACCCAUCUCUGCUCGUCCGUUUAGCCGUGCAGAUCGCGAGUUCUCGACUCGGAGCACCAAAAUCCAAAACUUCCAGAGACCGCGCCUCGCUGCUGUAUAGUACUGUAGUGGAGUGUCCUCUGCUCCACGUUCUGAUCCGACAAGCGAGCAACUCUGCAGCGGAGUCGGCCCAAACAUGUUGCGCGGCCCGGCCCAUUCCGUGCCGGCGACCGCCGCCGCCGCCGGCGGCGGCGGGCAGCCUCUGGUGGUGACGCUCAACUGCCUCGAGGACCCGUCGGUGGAGCGGGACGCGCUGGCCGGCGCGGCGGCCGUGGAGCACGCACCGCUCUCUGCGCUCGCCUCGGGCCACGUCGAGGCCGCCGCGGCCGUGCUCCUCACCUCUCUCGCCUUCCUCCCGCGCGCCGCGCAGCGCCGGCUCCGGCCGUGGCAGCUGCUGCUCUGCUUGGGAUCCCCCGACCGCGCCGCGGACGCCGCAGCGGCCGCGGAGCUCGGCCUCCGUCUCGUCCACGUCGACGCCAACCGCGCCGAGGAGAUCGCGGACACCGUCAUGGCGCUCUUCCUCGGCCUCCUCCGCCGCACCCACCUGCUGUCCGGGCACGCGUCCUCCUCCACGCCGUCCGCCGGGUGGCUCGGCUCCGUCCAGCCGCUGUGCCGCGGCAUGCGGCGCUGCCGUGGGCUCGUGCUAGGCAUCGUCGGCGUCAACGCCGCCGCGCGAUGUCUCGCCACCCGCAGCCUCGCCUUCCGCAUGAGCGUGCUCUACUUCGAUCCGCUCUACGAGGGUGCGGGCAAAACAAAGCGGCCUUCCAUUGUAUUUCCUUCUUCUGCUAGAAGAAUGGAUACUCUCAAUGAUUUAUUAGCAGCAAGUGACCUUGUUUCACUUCACUGUGCUUUAACAAAUGAUACAACAAACAUAAUUAGUGCCGAGCGUCUGCAGCACAUAAAACCUGGAGCUUUCAUAGUCAAUACCAGUAGCUGCCAGCUGAUAGAUGACUGUGCACUCAAACAACUCUUGCUCGAUGGCACUAUUGCUGGAUGUGCAUUGGAUGGCGCUGAAGGUCCACAAUGGAUGGAAGCAUGGGUACACGAGAUGCCGAACGUGUUAAUUCUUCCUCGAAGUGCAGACUACAGUGAAGAAGUGUGGAUGGAAAUCAGAGAGAAAGCAAUCACAAUAUUACAAUCCUUUUUCUUUGAUGGCAUUGUUCCAAACAAUGCUAUUUCUGAUGAAGAUGAAGCAAUAAGUGAUGUUGGAUGUGAAGAUGAUCAGCUAUAUAAACAGGCAAAUGAACACUCUUUGCGGGUCUGCGAUGGUGAACAACAGACAGAUGAAAGCCAACUAACUCUAGAGUGUGACAAGAGAAGAGCCAUCUCCAAGCCUGAAGUUCCUGAAGCUUCAGGGCAGUCCCAAAGUAUUGGCUUAAGAUCGGAAGGAAGGCGUAGCAGAUUUGGAAAGAAAGGGAAAAAGAGACCUGCGCGCCGCAGAUCACAACAGAAAAUGGAUGAAUUGUCAACUGUGGAGAGUGGAAGUAAUUAUUCUUCACGAAGAGAUGAUGAUACUGUGAUGAGUGGCCGGGACCAAGUGUUAAGUUCCAGUUCACGAUUUGCUUCCCCCGAGGAAUCCAAAAAUAAGCUCAGGUCUUCUGCUGAAUCUCCAAUGGAAAUAAUUUCUGAACAUAAGUUGCCUGCAGGGCUUGGUAGAAAGCCUCCUGAGAGGCUUAAAGAUGGCUUUGUCGUUGCCCUAAGGACAAGAGAUAAUUUGGGUUUUCAUGUUUCAAGAGAAAGAGUUGCUGGUGGUGGCUGGUAUCUUGAUGUUGUGUCAAAUGCUACAAAGAGGGAUCCUGCUUCUCAGUUCCUAAUCACAUUUAAAAACAAGGAUACGAUGGGAUUGCGAUCUUUUGUUGCUGGGGGCAAACUAUUGCAGGUUAAUAAGAAGGCGGAGCUCGUAUUUGCCAGUCAUGCUUUCGAUAUUUGGGAGAGCUGGACGCUGGAAGGGUCUUUACUGGAAUGCUGCAAACUGGUCAACCACAGAAAUCCUUUGGCUGUAUUGGAGGUCUAUAUCGAGAUCCUCGCAGCGGUGAGCGAAGAAGAUGGCGUCACCAGGUGGCUCGAUUGAUCAAAAUAACCCAUCCAUCUGCUUUAGGAGAACAGAAAGCAACUGACUCAUCAGUGUUGUAUUCUGGCCGGCCUGGGGGUUCAUUCAGUUUUCUCAUUUUUGCUGCCAAGUGUUCAGUUUUGGCCAUUCUACCUAUUGCAGAGACCUUGCAAAGCCACUGCGAAUUGUUUCAUAGUUUCACUGCUGUAGCCUGUACGAGUAUCAAGUGUCGACAACAAGCGUACUGCUAUUUCCAGUGGAGAAAAUAUCUAGUCUAUUUACAGUUA